CACUUGGCCCCUCCGGUCAUGGACCUUACUCAGCUUAUCAUUCAGUUUCAGAGGAUGAAUGCACCAACCUUUGCAGGGACUGAGAACCCCACAGCGGUGCUAGAGUGGAUCAAAGAACUGGACAAGAUCUUCACUGUACUUCCUCUUCCUGACCGUCAGCGG